UGCAGCAGUUGCUGUUCGUAUCUUUCGAGGGAAAGAUAGAUCAGGUUCUCGACACUUGGCUUAGCUAAUUGAAACAACAAACAUUUACUGUAUAAAAUAUAACAACAGAUAGUAUUCAACUACAUUCCAUUUAAAUAACGUGGCGGAAAACUCAAACGAAAGUAAAAGCGAUAAAAAAAAAUAAUUUGCAAUACUUGAGUCUAAGUUUACCUACUCGACUGUUUGCAUAUGGUCAGGUCAGGAAACAAAUGCAAUAAAUUGUGAAUAAGUGCAAUUAUGUUUAUAUAAGAAGCUGACAUACAAAACCGAAGCACCAAAUCAGUUUUAUUUAUUAAGCAAAUUGAAAUUAAUUUAAAUCAAUUAAAAGUGUCGUAUUAACACAAAACAAUAUAAAAAUAUAUUGCAUAUCAAUUUUCAUUCUAAAUUGCUGAACUACUUCGUCUUCCCAGUGGACUUUGAGCGACAGUCAGAAAACAUUGUUUGCUUUGCAAAAUCACACUACUGCCUGCAAUAUCGACCUAAUUAUGUUAAGUAAAAUAUUUCGUGCUGUUAUAUUGGGUGCACCAGCCUCAGGCAAAGGUACUAUAUCAAAACGUAUUGUUGACAAAUUUGGCUUUGUACACAUAUCACCUGGUGAUAUUUUACGUUUGAAUGAAUUGAAUGGCACUGAAUUGGGUAAAAAAGCUAAAACUUACAUAGACCAAGGUAUAUUGGUGCCUGAUGAUCUGGUUAUUAAACUAGUUUCGGGUCGCAUAAACGAAGUGGGCAAUAAAUCGUACAUGUUAGAUGGUUUCCCACGUACUGUGGUUCAGGCUCGAAAACUUAAUACUAUUGAUAACAUAGAUGCUGUGCUGAAUUUAGAUGUACCACAUGAAGUUAUUAUAGAUCGUGUUAGAGGACGUUGGAUACACUUGCCAUCUGGACGCGUGUAUAAUAUAGGUUUUAACGAACCAAAAGUUCCCGGCAAAGAUGAUCUUACAGGUGAAAAGUUAGUACAAAGGGACGAUGAUCAACCCGAAGUUGUUGCUAAACGUUUGCAAGUUUAUGAAGAAAUGAUGAAACCUGUCUUGGAAUUUUAUAAACAACAUAAUUUAGUUACUAAUUUUAAAGGUAAUACCACAGCAGAAAUAUGGCCGCAAGUUGAAAAAUUUUUACAAGACAAAACUAAAACUGCUGUGGCACAUUGUGCAUAAAUAGAAAACCAAGUAAAUAAAAUAUUGAAUUAUGCUUCCUAAAGAACCAAUUCAUGCAUAAUUUUUACUAAGACACAUCAUGCAUUAUAAAAAUAUGAAUUAAAAUAUAUUUCAAGACUAACAGGAAAAAAUUAAAAAACAAUAACAUUGAGCACAAUACUGAAUAAUGUCUGAUUCUUAAUUCAACGCGUGAUAUUUUAUAAUAAUAAAUACAUUUUCUUUUCUAUAUGUAUACGAAAAUAAAUUUACUUUCAAUAAAAAGAUAA